AUGGCGCUCGCAGACGCGGAUCUUCCUCCUCAGCUGGAUCAGUCAUGGCGAACCUCGGAGCAUAACAAGUCUUUAGGCAAGCUAAUGGACCGUCUAGCUCAGCAAUGCUACAUGGAUCUGAACUCCACACUGACACAGAUGUCAGAACUGGGUGCGCCGGGUGAUGGAGCGCCGCAGGUCAAUGGUGCUUUACCACAUGAUCAAACAGACACAUCCGAGUUGAGUCUGCGGAAGAAGCGCAUGUUCAUGGAGUUUGCGCAUGACCAGCGGGACCGCUUCACGAAGACUCUUGUCCUCUCCGACUACAGCCGGAAUGAAGAGGACAUGGCCAAGCUUAUUGACAUCAAGAUAUGGCAAGACAAGCAGCGCUGGGCUUAUGCGCACACUCUGGAAGCCAUCGGUCAUACGAAGCGUAGGAUGCUGGACUUCAAGGUGCCAGCGCCGAAUAUUGAAAGCGCCAUGGAGCUGUUAGCGACCGGGAAGGCGUCGUGGGUGCCGGAUCUUGGCUAUAUCCCGCCGAAGCGGUUAUCUGCUAAACAGCUUCUGAGCACUCUGCGCGACAUGAAUGUUGCGCUUGCCACACGUUUAAAUCUUCACGACGAGCUUCCGCCAUUUAUGAAUCAAUACACAAUCGCCAACGGCCGAGCGACUUUCAGCGUCUCAGGGGAAUUUGAAGUGGAUCUCUCGGUAGCUGAUGAGGAUCCGGCUAGCCCUUGGUACUUCAUCGACGUACGCUUCCUAUUCUCGCCUAGCUCGGACACACUGAACGAUCAGCUACGUGCACACCUUGAGCCCAGAGCGAACGAGGCACUUGGUCGUGCAUGCCUCCAAGGAUGCUACGGCUUCCUACACAACUUUGUAUUAACGCACAAAAUUAACGUGCUUCGCAGCCAAGCACAGGACCUCAUACGCAGCAAGUGGUUCGAUUGCAUCAAGAUCGAGAGUCUGCGCCGGAGUCUGAUCAUUCAGUAUUGGGCCGGCAUGCCAGGACCAAAAAGCUGGUUCGAGAUUGGCAUUAGCAGUGGGACACGCAAGUCUGGCUCCAACAAGAAGUCAACUCCUACAUUGUGUGUUCGCUGGUUCCGUAAAGGUCAGGAAGUCAGAGACGAGCAGCUGCAGUUUGACUGGCAGAACUUAAAUCUGGAGGCUGCUCUUAUGGAAGUCAUCUCCAAGCACUGCUUUGGCAAGCUUGCCAUGGCGCGGGACGGACUACAUACCAUCAAAGACCGUACGGCACCAGGCUCGAGCGCAUUGUCCGCUGUCAUGCCCAACCCGGACACUACAGUGCAUGAUCGCGCUUUAAGCGUGAACAUACCCUCCCUCCGUACACCACUGAGGGUCAGCCUGGAACCUAUAAGCGGACAGUUCUCGCUCGCGCCGCCUAGUAGAGCAACAGCAAGUGCGGAACGAGUGCUUAAUCGUGAAGUCAGUGUCGACGUACCGCGCCUACUCGCCACGGUCGUGUGUGGCAUGGCGCAGGAUCUAUAUCAACGGCAAUCAGAGCUUGUUGGCUGGCAACCGAUCCGUAACGUUGCAGUUCCGAAAGAGAAGUUCGGUACCGACCUGUGGAAACAUUCAGUCUUCUCCUUGCCAAACUGCGGUCAGCAAUGGGGUCUUGGCAUUACCUUUGGUCUUGGCGGCGAGACGUGGUGGGUGAUGGAGCUUAAAAGCGUCAAACCACAGGAUAACCCAGAUCGUGUCUCGACUGAAGUUCUCCAAGCACACAAACUGGACGUCACGGACAUCUUCGGCGUACCAACGGAGAUCUCUCGCGCUUCGCUAGUGCGGGUCGAAAGGCGAGCAGGCGCUACGAUUUCCCGCUUGGUACUGUCACGGCAGCUCGACGAGCUCAAGGUUCCGUAUGAUGUAAAGAAGGCGUCCGCGCUGACAGAUGUGAAACACAGAAGAGGUCCUGACAGUAACGAAGUAUCCUUUGUGCAGUUCUCGGCGCUCAUGCGAGAUACGACGGACAAGGAUUGGAAACCUUGGGCGCGGGAUGCAGUUCGGAUCUCGUACCAUGGCCGGGAUGGCAGCGUACAUGCGGCAUCCGACGGUGACGAGCGAGCAUUGGUUAGGCACGAUCUGCGACUUUCUAUCGGCAAGGAUCGGCUGCCACACCUGCGACAACAUUUUAAACCUACGUCAGGUGCGGAUACCGUCAUGAACGACAACGGUGGCUUAGCCUUGCGGCUGCAAACACCGUUUGGCGAGCCCUUGCUUGGUCAGGUCAAGACGAGGUUGAGGAGCGUCGAACGAUUAGACGGCUACAUCAACGUUUUACAGAAACUGCAUUACACCUGCACGUUUGUCAGCUUGGCGAAGUUGUGCUUUACGUACAGCAAGUCGCCGGAGCUCGAUGCUCAACUGUCCUUUGCGAACGACGGCAGCUUGCCCGUCCGAUUGAAGCUUGAGCCUGCUGACAGCAACCCGCAUUUACGCAUUAUGAUCAUGCUCGAGCGGUGUCUGAAUUCCCGCAUUACUAAUUCCUUCAUAUUCUUCGCUUCUACGUUGUCGCUUACUCUACCUCUACUACAAGCUUUCGACCGUUUGGAGACGGCGCAUCUCGCCAGGCGAACUGCCACCGCUCAUGCUCGAGGUAUUGUCUGGUAUGAAGUCGCUUACAGGGCUCCUCUGCCGGUCUGCAAGUUCUCCAUCAAAUCAGACACCAAGCGAAGGAACGGUAAAGCCAAGGUUUUCUGGCAUCUAACGCAACACGCGCCUCGGUCAGAAAGUACCAUACUGCCCGAGGGCUUCGAGGCGGCGCUGAAGGGUCUGUGGCGCGAAAAGGGGCAAGGAUGGUUCGGCGUUGGGAACGGGGCGAUUGCAGAUGCGGCUGGCAUCGCGGUCGUGGUCAUGAAGUUAGACGAGGUCAUGCGGCGAUUCGAAUCCAUUGCGGACCCAGUGGAGAAGAGCGGUGGCGAGACUGCUCCAAUCGAACAGUCUGCGCCGGGCAAGACUGCCACUAAUGCCUCGCAACCGGCUGCACAAUCUACUGCCUCUAAGACGGCGGUCAAGGUUAAGGAGGAACCUGACGUUAUUAUGCUUGAUUAG